AUGGGUCGCGAACUUCAGAAGAAGAAGAACAAAUCCUCAAUCCCGAAGCGGAGGCACAAGCCCAAGUCAAAGAAGAAGAUCCUUGCGAAUCCUAUCAUUGCAGCCAACUGGAACCAGAAGGAGACUCUCUCACAAAAUUAUCGUCGACUAGGUCUGACCGCACGCCUGAAUCACGCAACUGGUGGUACCGAGAAGACCAUCAAGCUGCUUGGCUUGAACGACGCGCACUCCUCACGAGCCGAUACCGCAGCGGAUAGCACAGCGAACAAACUCAACAUUGUCAGCAGACCGCCGGAAAGAGCAAAUAUAGAGGAAGUUCAGGUCGAGCGUGACCCGGAGACGGGCAAGAUCAUACGCAUCAUUGAGGACUCCACGAAGCGGAAAGAUAACCCCCUGAACGACCCAUUGAAUGAACUGGAGGACAGCGAGGGAGAGGAGUGGAAUGGAUUUGCCAUGGUGCCUGAAUCAGGGCCCAGCGACAAUCCCGUCAUCCAGCAGCUCGAAGAGGCAGCUCGGAAUGGCGCAAGAAAAGCACCCAGAACGCAAAGCCAGCGAGAGGAAGAGUGGAUUGAGAGGCUCGUCGAAAAGUACGGGGACAACUACAGCAAGAUGGUGUGGGACCGGAAGUUGAAUCCGAUGCAACAGAGCGAAGGCGAUCUUAAGCGUAGGAUCAAGAAGUGGAAGCAGACGCAUGGCAAGGAGUGA